AUGGCCUCAGACUGCGUUGAUUACGGUAGCGUGUUGGCAGAUCGCGCUUUACAGAGACGCGCCGGAGUUGGUGAGCGCCCCGGGUUGUCGGCUCUGUCUGUGUAUUUGCUGCGUGACUUCUUCUUUGGCCGCCCUCUCUAUAGUAUAAAAUUCCUCGAGUUUGUAAAGCCGUUCUGCGGCUUUGUGCCGGAAGUAUCGAAACCGGAGCGGAAGAUUCAAUUCCGAGAGAAAAUGCUAUGGACAGCAAUCACUCUAUUCGUUUUUCUUGUUUGCUGUCAGAUUCCUCUUUUCGGUAACUUCUGCUCCUUUGCCUCCAGUAAGUAGU